ACUUCCUACUUUCUCAGUGUUUGUGUACUGCUCUUGCUGCAUGAAAUAGACCAUAACACACGCAUUUUCCUAACAUUUACGGCAGUAUGAACACGGAGCAGUCGGCUGAAAACCACUGUAGUGAAAAUAAGUGUUCAGUUUCGACGCCGGAAGGGAACGACUUGAAGACAGGAGCAUUGAAAAGAACUCCAUUCUCAAGGUUUAAGAGAGUGCACUCCAACUUCAAAUCACCUCUUCAAGUAACCGAGAGUGCUAAAGUUAGCCCUGCUGAGGAGGUGGCAGAGCUAGAGAGGAGGAGAGAGCAGUUGGACACAGAGAUAGCACAGCUGGAGGCUGAGGGAUGCAGAGUAGAGGAGCUGGAGCGUCAUAUUGAUAUGCUGCAUGAGUACAAUGACAUCAAAGACAUUGGACAGUCACUCCUGGGCCGUAUUGCUGCUGUGAGGGGGACCACCACACGAGAUCUCUACAGCCACUUUGGUCUGGAACUGGAUGACUGAAAAAAAUGAAAUUACAGCGGUGAGAGCGGUUUCUCAGCCGAAGGGGAGAGGGGCUUACAGAGAAAAGACCAAAGAACUUUUAGAUAGGAGAAUGGAUUUGGACUAAAGAUGUGACUGGAGGUGGAGCAGAGGUUUGCCAAUUUUCUCUGUGAUUUAGUUUCCACCUCCUUACAGAGAGAGAUUUCAACAGUGGGAUUGUGCAUGAUAAGAGGAGAAUGGCGCUGGCCCUGCAGACAGGCAUGAUAUUUCAGAAGCCCUCUGCAAAACCAUUAACUUAACGCUUUGUUUUGUUUUGACAAUUGAGCUCAUGUUAAUUUAAUUUGGAUGAGGGUAUGCAUGAUGCCUGCAAGAAUGUAAAUUACUUUUCUGACUUUGGUUUGUUAGUUACAGAAAAGGGGGAAUGCUAGACUGUUAACCAAAAGUGUAAAGUAUAGUGUACGAGCUCCUAGUAUAAUAUGCUUUGUAUGCUGACAAUAACAUGUAAUAAAUAACCACAGACA